AUUCUUAAACGCUGGUAUUGUUUGUCUUAGAAAUUGAUUUUCCUUCAGCACUUUCAGUUUUAAUCACAAAAAUAAAGCGCUCCCGUCGAAUUCUGACGUCCCUAAUCAGCACUUUAAUAUGCUGCGUUUAGCUGUAAUUGAAUUUCUGUUGCGGUUAAUUGAUAUUUUAUAGAAUUACAAUCAACCCUAACUGAUCUCCAACGCUUUCAAUUUAUGAUAAGGCCGCCGAAAACUUUUGCCCAACGCACAUGCCGACACUCACAUGUCUACCUGAUUGAGUACUGCCGAGCGAAAGCCAGCGCCACAACAAUUAGUGGACACAUUGCCUAGCUCAUGUAACGUACACCGCAAUUAUUGUCUGGCUGUCUAACGGUACGCCUGUCUAUUUCCAACGCCUGUCAACUGUACGGCCCAACUGAUUGCGAGCUGAGUGAAAUAAACCAAAUUGUCUGUCUACGCAUAAACACACGGUACUGUCAGAUGGUCGGUGUGUGCACUUCAUGAUUGCAGCAAAGCAAACCAACAACACCGCAGUGCACAACAACAAGCACAAUUUGCCAUCAAUUACACAUUUGCAAUCGCUUACUUGUUAUCUACGUGCUCCACCGUGUCGCCUUACAUAUGUACCGUUGUCUGAGUGUAAAUGUCUAAACCAUCAACAAUGGCUCAGCGAGUGUCAUCGUUAAAACAGUUAGAGCCGCUGUCGCUGUCGCCGUCGCUGUUGCUGCUUUUACUGUGGUUCGCCAACAGCUGUUGCAAUCGGGUGCAGGCACUUGCGGUAUUAUCGGAGAAUGUGGUUGGUGGUGGCGCCGGUAUGCCAGCGAAUGAUAUUGUUGUUGGCGAUGUCGCUCUGUUGUUGACGCRCGUUGAAAAUGAUUGCUUUGAGACAUUUUUGCAGGAGAGUCGAAAUGGGAGCAACACCUAUGCGUCGGCAUAUCGUGCAUGCCAAAUGUUGGGUAGUCGGAAGCGCGUGGAAUUUGUGAGCGCGGAAUGUUCAACGCGUGAGGAUAUGAUGGAGCAGGUGACCGAGUUGUGUACGAAUCUCUGUGAUUGUGCACAAACUGUGGGUGAUAUGGAGUUCUUUGAAUGCAGCGCACAACAUGUAAGUGUAUAG